UCAUUCAUAAAACGGAAAGAGAUAACUGCCCGUGGUAGUAAUGCUCUCAGGAGAGUAACACAACAUUACAUCGCUCUGGAUUUGACGUAUCGGUUUUGUUCGCGUAAGGUCAGGAUACGUUUGGCCUUGUCGAGUGAGGAAGAUGGUGACAAUGGACGAACUUCGUGAAAUGGAUUGCGGCGUUUUGAAAAGGUUGAUGAAGGACGACAGCGCGAAAUGUCUGGUGUUGGACUGCAGAUCAUUUCUAGCGUUCAGCGCCGGUCACAUUCGUGGUGCCGUAAAUAUUCGGUGUAACACAAUUGUCCGGAGGCGAGCGAAAGGCUCCGUGAGUUUGGACCAGAUCUUGUCGGGCGACGACGAAGUCAGAGCCCGUCUGAAAUCCGGCUUGUAUUCCGCCGUGAUCCUGUACGACGAGCGGACGUCAGAUACAGACACUAUCAAAGACGACAGCACGAUCACACUGGUGCAUAACGCCUUGUGUAGGGAUAUAUUUAGGACUGAAAUCUUUCUGCUGAAAGGAGGCUACGACAGAUUUUCCACGCAGUAUCCUGAUUACUGUUUGAAAACCAAAACAUUACCCGUUUGCUCCCCUCCAUCAAGCGUGGAGGCCAGCUGCACAUUCUGCGGAACUCCACAGCACGACCAGGGUGGCCCUGUGGAAAUCCUACCCUUUCUGUUUCUGGGCAGUGCACUCCAUGCAUCUAAAAAGGAUAUGUUAGAUGGUAUGGGCAUUUCUGCUCUACUGAAUGUAUCUUCAAACUGUCCCAACCAUUUUGAAGGAGCUUACCAGUACAAGUGUAUCCCAGUAGAAGACAACCAUAAAGAAGAUAUCAGCUCCUGGUUCAUCGAAGCCAUCGAAUUCAUAGACUCCGUCAAGGAUUCCAACGGCCGCGUUCUGGUGCACUGUCAGGCCGGCAUCUCUCGGUCGGCCACCAUCUGUCUGGCAUACCUGAUGAAGAAGAAGCGGGUGCGUCUGGAAGAGGCCUUCGAGUUCGUUAAACAGCGACGCAGUAUCAUCUCUCCCAACUUUAGUUUUAUGGGUCAGCUGCUGCAGUUCGAGUCUCAGGUGCUGGCCACUUCCUGUUCCGUAGAAGCAGCCAGUCCUUCCGCCACGCUCGGCCCCAAGUCUUCCUCCACCCCAACGUCUCCCUUCAUCUUCAGCUUCCCAGUGUCGGUGGUGACGCACUCCCAGCCCAGCAGUCUCACCUACUUACAGAGUCCGAUCACGACGUCACCGAGCUGCUGAUACGUAGCCCGUCCCUUCGCGAGAAGGUUCCUCCAAAGACUGAACAGAAGGUUGAAUUUUUUGAAGUCCUUCACUUGGCACAAUCACAUGGUCGUCGAGCUUUGUUUUUUGGAAGAUGACCCUCACCAUGCAUUCAAAUCAGAAGAAUGCAAUCAUAAUAUCCUGUGAGGACAGUUCAUCUCCUUCAUGGGGUUUACUUUUAAAGGUCUGCUCCGUGUGGAGAGCAAUGGGAAGAGGUUAAACGCAGCAGUCCGCACCUUUUUUUCGGACAAAGUGCAGAAGUCCUUUAACCCUGACAGGUCAUAUUGGGUCUGGACUUCCCACUUUCCCUUCCUUCCUGCCUCUAUCUCUUUCUCUGGCUCUCAUCUGCUUGAAGAAUGACUGAAUUUCAUUAAUAGAGACAGUCCAGUCCUGCUGGAGCUCCCAGAAGUGCCAUUGUUGGCAAACCGUAGCUGGCAUGAUCUCGAGAAGGAAAUGUGUUUUGCUAUUUGUCAGUGCCUUGCACAAAGAAGGUACGGGAUGUUUUCAAAUGCUCACGUCGGCCCCAUCACAUCUUCUUCUUUACGAAAUAUCACAAAGACAUGAACCCUUGAAUCUGCAAUACGGACAUAUUCCACAAUCUGUUCCUAUCACAAAUUAGAGCAAUAACCUACUUUUCCUUCUUCCCAGUCACCAUUAAAGCACUGUAUGGUUUGUUAUGUUGUAUGAUUGUGAUUUCAAACUUCUAAUUUUGUUGUAUGCCAAUUUGUACAGAAGAGAUCUCAUUCAUUAUUCCUGCUGUAUGCCUUACCAAUAAUGACUGUGGUGAUCUUCCACUGGGAAUGUUCUCAUUAAUAUGAUAUUUAAGUAUUAGCGUGUGAUACUUAUACUCGGAGGUCUUCAGAAAGGCACACAGAUAUUUGAAGGCACCACUUUUGAUCUAGUAAAUGGCCCAGAUUACCCUGAAGGGCUUAUACACUGAAACUUUUUACACUGGAAGUUUGGGAAACCAUGCUUUACUUUCUCAUUUGCUUUUUAGAGUCCCUUAUUGAUAAUAUAAUUGGGAAAUUGCUCUGUAUAUUUGCAAUGUGUACAUGAGCCCCGUUCUUCUUUUUUGUGAGACCGUGGGAAUCUUUUAUAGAGCACUUAAGUGAUGCAAAAUUGAUUUGAGGUUUAUUUUGCACCUCAUCGGAAUUGAAGUUACUGAGAAGCAGCAAAUGUUUCCCCGCAUUGUUGAAAUGUUUGUUUUGUUUUUGGAUAUUACAUUAUUGGUUAACAAUCACUCUUGAAUGCAAUACUUUUUACUGUACUUGUUAAGAGAAACGUUAUUGUCUGAUGGCUCAUGGCAAUAUCAUAUAGAGGGUUACGAUUUUCGAACUCUUCCCUGUUCUGUUGUAUUAUAUGUAAAUUUAAUUUAUCUCAUGAUUGUCUUUGUUAAAUAUAAAAGUGUUCUUUAACGAAA